AUGGCCAUUCCAGACUUCGAGCCGGAACGCGAGCUUGCACUCUUCGGGGUCUUUGAUGGCCACGGCGGAGUAGCGGUGGCCAAAGUUGCUGCUGAACGCUUCCCCGAAACUUUGAGGGCGCUCCCCGCUUUUAAGCAGGGGCGCUACUCUGAAGCUUUGUAUGAGUCUUUCUUGAAACUGGAUUCCUUCCUGGACAGUCCCGCCGGCAGAGAAAAGGUGAAGGAAGCCACGCCGGCUCCCGUGGAUUCCGAGAUGGAGGAGGAGGAGCUGCUGCGUCUCCUGGAGUCCGGAGAGCUCGAUGCCGACGACCUCGAGGGUCUUGAGGAGGAGGUGGAAGAGGAGGCUGCAGAAGAGGACGAGGAAGAAGCGGCUUCUGGCUCGAGCUCAGAUUGGGCCAACGCCGAGGGUCCAGACGGUGUGACCCUGAGCGCCGCGCCAGCGUCGCAGUCCCGGAGCCUUCGACUUUAG